AUGGGGAUGGAGGUGGCCCCCCGCAAAUCGGAGGCAAUGUUUUUGCACCGUGGCGGGACGCCGCCUCCAUCCUCUAUUCGGGUAGCGGGACAUCUCGUCCCGGUCGGGUCGAGGCUGAAAUAUCUGGGCCUCACUCUGGACGGUCGGUGGUCCUUUGAGAGGCACUUCGAGGACCUGGCCCCCAGGUUGGAGCGCGCCUCGAUGGCUUUGUCGAGGAUGCUGCCCAACCUGAGGGGCCCAUCGAGAAGGGUGCGGCGCCUGCUGGUGGGCGCGGUGAGAUCGAUCGCCCUUUAUGGGGCGCCGAUCUGGGCGGCCGACCUCACGAACUCUCCGAAGGCCAUGCGAAUUUGCAGGGCCUCGGAGAGGAGGUUGGCCGCCAGGGUUGUCCGCGCCUACCGGACGGUGUCGCACCGGGCGGCGCUGGUCCUGGCCGGCAUUCCCCCUCUGGCGCUGGCGGCCGCUGGAUACGCCGAGUCGUACCGGCGGCUGCGGCGCCUGAGGGAACGGGGUGUUGCGGUCACGGCUAGGGCGCGCGAGGUCCUGAGGUGCCAGACUCGUCGAUCCGUGUUGGGGAGUUGGCAGGACCAACUCCAGACUGACGACCCGAGGAAUACCUCGGGUCGGCGGGUCGUCGGGGCUCUUGGUCCGCGGCUGUCCGAGUGGGUGGACCGCGGCUGGGGCGAGUUGUCCUUUCGGACCACGCAGGUGCUCGCCGGGCAUGGAUGCUUCGGCGAGUACCUGUGUCGAAUAGGGAAAGAGAGCGGGCCACGUUGCCACCAUUGUGUCGCGGAUGUGGACUCGGCGGAUCACACAGUGAUGCGCUGCCCGGCGUGGAGUGAGUUCCGCCGGGUCCUCGUCCGCGACAUAGGGGAAGAUCUCUCUGGCGUCGUUGGUGCGAUGCUGGAGAGCGAGAGGAAAUGGAGAGCCGUCGCCUCGUUCUCGGAGCAGGAAGACAGACCACGGCAACGACCCCUGGCUAUCUUCACGAACUCUGAGCUCCGACCUUGGCAAAGCGAUGAGGAUGGUCCGCACCGCCAAGGUCAGAGAAUUAAGGAAAGAGAACAUGGCAACGACCCUGGCUAUGUUUACGGAUGA